AUGCAGCUGCCCGACAUGACCGUGCAGAAGGGCUCUGUGAAGCUCGUCAUGAAGAGAUGGGAGUCCGCCAGUGCUCUGACACCCAGCCUGGCCUUCCAACGCCUGCCAGCCCCACAGUCCCUGGCACCAGAGAAAACCAGCCGUGGCAGCAGCGUGGAGGAAAUCUCGGUAGAGAGCGGGAGGAUGGAUGUGACCAAGGAGGAGCCCCUGGGUGGCCCUCGCCAGACUGAUACCUUCCCCAUCUCUGUCAAGGAGCUGCAGAGCCACUUUGAGACCCUGGGUCGCAGGAAGGAAGCAGAAAGUGGCAGAAGCUCACUGCCACCAGCACUGACCACUCAGCCUGGGAGCCAGACAGACAUUUCUCUGAUGGAAAUGUCCAGCGUGAAAUGGGGGAGGGCAAUCUUUGAGAAGAUGUCCUCAGGCAAUGGACAGACCAUCAACACCGAAGUGGAUGCUUGCAAAGCUGUAGGAGGACUUCAAGAAGAGAGCCCUCCACACACUGGAAACACGCUGAUGGAAUUCCAGGAGAAUGUCUCCUUGAAAGACAAAAUGGCUCUCUAUCAGGCUGCAGUGUCAAAGGCGGAGAGCAGCAACCGCUUUGCUGAUGAGAACUCAAGUACCACUCAGCUCCCACUAUCAAGCAGCACCAGGGAAGCUGAGUGCAGUGCAACGGCCACCAAAGAAGCCCCACUGGAAGCCUUUCAAAGCCAAGAGGUUUCUCUCGGGGAGCAAGUGACUCCAGAGACAAAUGGGGCUUCUACGCUGACCCAGCAUACUGAUGAAGCAGUAAUCAAUGCAGCUAUGAACAAGGAGGUCCCAAAGACUUCGACAGAUGUUUGUGACCAUCAGAUGGAAAAGACAACAGAGGAAAACACUGUUCCCAAAGACAGAGAGACUGCAACAUCUGCACAAGAUGGCAAGUUUCCCAGAUGCACAGAAACUCUCAACUUGAGGAAAACUGAAGACAAGUGUCCAAAAGGUGAGGGCUAUCCGGACCAGACCAUUCCACUGGCACGGCCGAGGGAAGCACUACGCCAGCCCAGAAGCAACAUGCCGUCUGCUGCUGCCAGAAUGAGAGCCAUGAACGAAAUCAUCAAGGGCCAUGGACAUUCUGUAAGACGGCCACGUCACCAAGGAGCUGCUGGGCUGCCAGUUCAAAGUGUCUGUGAAGAAGAAAACCCAAAGGUUCAAAGAGGUGACAUCUGUUCAGAGGGGAGGCUCCCUAAGCCUAAAGAGCCGCAGAUGAGGGAGCCACUGAGAGUGCCCAAAAGCAAAAGCACUUGUGCAGCUUCCAGAAUUAAGGCAAUCAACGACAUCCACAGGAAUCUAAAACAUUCCCAAAGGCGUCCAAACCAGGAAGGAGCUGCUUUUCUGGUGGAGGAUGUGCAAGGGCUCAAAACCACAGACUCCAACCUAAAGAACAAAGACGCCAGCUUCAUGGUCUAUGUGUUGUGCAGUAAUGCACAACAAGUUGACAAUAAAGAGAUGAAAUGACU